AAACACACGGCCCGGCGCUGUUCGAUUGUUAUUGUAAUUAUAAGAAGAAGAAGAAGCAUAAGCAGUAGUAGCAGAAGAACCAGAAGAAGUGGAAUCCAGCAGCGGACAAGUCACAAUUUUAAUGAGCCAACAACCCGCACGACUAUGACGGAGGAAAUAACCGGGAAUUGGAGCUAUUAUGUGUAUAUAUCACUAACAUUGGUUCCAGUCUAUUUGGCAUUUCAGCUCAUUAAGUUUUUGGGCUGGCAGCUAUUCGUGAACAACUGAGCAAAUAUCAACAACAAA